GCUGCUGCGAGCCACCUUAACUGACUAACAAUCCCAGAUUCAGUUGAUCACCGUUUCAUCUCACCCGCCCAUAUUUGAUGACAAUUCGUAAUUUCUCCCUCCCCAUUUCUCCUCUCUGUAUCCAUUUCCGAACCCUAAAUAUCUUCGUCUGUUCAAAUCCGCAUUCCAACAAUUAAGACCCAUCACCGCACAAAUAAUGCAAUAAUUACACAAUUUUCUCAUUAAUUUUUUUGUCUGUAUUAAAUCCAAAUUUUCCAGCUUAAGCUAAUGAGUGGUAAUUCCAGCAAGAUGGAUGCGGUAUCGAUCCGCGUGCCCUACAGGAGUUUAAAGCAAGAAGUUGAACUCGUCGGAGUCGAUCAAGCUCAGCUACGUCGUUUACAGAUCGCGACUCAAAAUCGUCACAACAGAAUUGUUAGUAGUUUGCUUAAUAAUAGUGAUAUGAACAGUAGCAGUAAUUCUCCAUCGCCACCGCCGCCGCCGCCUACGGCUAACGGUGAUGCUGAAAAUCAGCAGGAGAAGCGUAGUAGUUUAUUAGCGUUGAUACUGAGUUGUACGGUGGCCGCCGGCGUACAAUUCGGCUGGGCGUUGCAGCUCUCUCUCCUGACUCCUUAUAUUCAGACGCUUGGUAUACAGCAUGCUUUUUCUUCAUUUAUAUGGCUCUGUGGCCCCAUCACAGGUCUCGUGGUCCAACCUUGUGUUGGUAUAUGGAGUGACAAAUGCACUUCAAAAUAUGGCAGAAGGCGACCUUUUAUAUUUGUUGGAUCUCUCAUGAUCUCAUUUGCUGUGAUAAUAAUCGGGUUUUCUGCAGACAUAGGAUACUUUUUAGGGGAUACAAAAGAACACUGCAGCACAUUCAAAGGUACUCGCACAAGGGCAGCUAUUGUAUUUAUCAUUGGCUUUUGGAUGCUGGAUCUUGCAAACAACACAGUACAGGGCCCAGCUCGUGCUCUUUUGGCUGAUCUGGCAGGGCCUGAUCAGCUAAACUCUGCAAAUGCUGUAUAUUGCUCAUGGAUGGCUGUUGGUAAUAUUCUAGGAUUUUCUUCCGGAGCCAGUGGGAAUUGGCAUAGGUGGUUUCCAUUUUUGUUGAGUAGAGCUUGUUGUGAAGCCUGUGGAAAUCUUAAAGCAGCAUUUUUAGUUGCUGUGGUGUUCUUGACUCUAUGCAUGCUUGUCACCCUCCACUUUGCAAAAGAGGUUCCCUUGGCCCCAAAGCAACCUCCUCGUUUAUCAGAUGCUGCUCCUCUCUUGGAUAACCCUGAACAAAUUGGCUUUGACCUAUCAAAAUCAGAAGUACAAAAUGGUAAUGCAAUGGAGAUCAAAUCCAAGGAUGACACUUUGAUGGGGGAUGGUAAUGUGAGGAGUGAAAACCAAGAAGUUGUGGAAGAUGCAGUUGAAAGUUUCAGUGAUAGUCCUGGAGCAGUUUUAGUCAAUUUACUAACUAGCUUGCGGAAGUUGCCUCCAGCCAUGCAUUCUGUGCUACUUGUGAUGGCCUUGACCUGGCUAUCCUGGUUCCCAUUUUUCCUCUUUGACACCGAUUGGAUGGGAAGAGAAGUUUAUCAUGGUGAUCCCAAAGGAGAUGUAUCAGAAGUCAAAGCUUAUGGUCAGGGUGUCAGAGAAGGUGCAUUUGGUUUGCUAUUGAAUUCAGUUGUUCUUGGGAUCAGUUCCUUUUUUAUUGAGCCAAUGUGCCAGUGGAUGGGUGCUGGAAUAGUAUGGGCUAUGAGCAAUUUCAUGGUAUUUGUUUGCAUGGCAGGCACUGCUAUCAUUAGUUUGGUUUCUGUUAGAGGAUAUUCAGAAGGGGUCCAACAUGUUGUCGGGGCGAAUGGAGCUACAAAAGUUGCCUCCUUGGUUGUUUUUGGGCUUCUUGGCCUACCAUUAGCUAUCACUUACAGUGUUCCUUUCUCUGUCACGGCGGAGUUAACUGCUGAUAGUGGGGGUGGCCAAGGAUUGGCAAUUGGAGUACUAAAUCUAGCAAUUGUUCUACCCCAGAUGGUUGUGUCCCUUGGUGCGGGUCCGUGGGAUGCGUUAUUUGGUGGAGGAAAUAUACCAGCAUUUGUUUUGGCGUCAUUAUGCGCCCUUGCAGCUGGUAUUCUUGCAACUCGAAAGUUGCCAAAUAUUGCAAGCAGUUCUUAUAGAUCGACUGGCCUCCACUUUGGUUAGAAUCCUAGAUUAGAAGAUGACAAGAUGCGUAUCAUAUUCAUCAAUUAUUUGGUGAAAUCCGUUGGCCUAUCAGAAAAUGCUCCAAGUGCGCUUUUGUUUGCCACGGUGCCUAUUUCCUUCCUUAAGACUGAUAUCGAAUGGCAGAGCCUGACGCACAAAUUCUUUCAAUUUUUUCCUCCCGGUAACGGGGAUGAAUAUAUCGUACAUGAAAUGUAGACUUGUAUCAAUUCCAGAAAAGGUAGUUGCAGUGAUAUAAUAUCUUACGGCCUUUUACCUUGUAAUUUUUUACGCCAUUCCAUAUGCUUGAAAAGAAUGCCUUGAGGACACUGUUUUUCGGCAUCAAAACAUUUCCUCAUCACAGAUAUGUAAUUAAGCUGAUUUUCCGUGUCCGAGUCUAAA